AUGGAAAAUUCAAUAAAUUGUCAUGUAAAUGAACUGGCGAGGAAUAUAUUCAAUGAAUUAACUAAUUUAGACAGAAAUACUUUUAGUAUUAUUAGAAUAAACUGUGAAAAAUUGUCAAAGAACGGAGAACUAUGUUUUCUCACCAACCGUCAGGUCUGGAAUGCCUGCGUUCCAAAAGGCAUCGACAAUUUGCCACCAAAAGGUAUUUUAGAAUACUAUGUGAAAAAUAAAAAUGCAAAUGGAAAUUGUUCAACAUAUGAUGAAAUUGUACAAAAAGCCUUCAGUUUACUAGAAGCAAAAUCCCAAGAAUGGUCUCUACAAAUAAAUUCCUUUUCCCUACAAAACGAAAGAUUAUGUCUAUUUCUAAACAGAACACAAGCAUUAUCAUUGGCAAUAAAAAAUGCCAUAAACAAUGGUUUUUUAUAUGGUCAAAAGGCAUUGGGUGACGAAAGUUAUACAUUCCGAAUUCAAGUCGACGAUGAAUCAGAAUUAUCUAAUCAACGAUUGUAUUUUUUGAAGGAAUUUUUCGAAAAUAUUUUAAAACUACAAGGAUAUAGAAUUUCCACGGAGAAAAGUGAUAACAAUUAUAUUUUAACGACAAAAUCCGAGGGUAUUAUUAAGGAAAAUUAUAAAAAAAUCGUCUGCGGUGUUGUUAAAAAUCCAGAAAAUAAAUCCAAAGAGAAAUGUACAACGUGGAAUUCCUAUUUGACUGGUAAAAAGGAAGAAUUAAAAAAAUUGAAUUCUCACAAAUACCAGAAUGACGAUAAGGAGGAAGACGAUGAGGAGAAUAUAAAACAAAUUGCAACGAUAGGAGUGAAAUUUGCAUUUUUAUCAGUGAAACCUAGUCGUUGUGUACUUUUGAAAAAAUUCCAAACUUCGGAUGAUACAAUGAAAGAGGCAGCUUUUAUUCUCUACAAUACUGCAAGAAUAAAGGCAAUUUUAAAUAAAUACGAAGAGAAAGUUAUCGAUGCAAAAUAUCCAAAACUUCUAAACAUCGACGAUAUUGAUUUUUCCUGCCUUUCUCAAGAGGAAGAAUGGGAAUUAGUUUUUAAUUAUAUUCUACAAUAUCCUGAGAUGGUGAUGGGCUGUGUUAAACAAAAACCAUCUUUAGAAGCGUGUCCACAAUAUAUUUGCUCCUUUUUGAGCAGACUUUGUCAACAUUUUAGUGUGUAUUAUAGACGAAGUCGUGUUCUAGUUGACGGCUAUAGUCAUUUAAUGCCAACGGUGAUGGCGAGAAUUUAUUUACUACGAAGUUUACUUAUUGUUUUAGAAAAUUCACUGUCUAUUUUUGGCAUAACUCCUAUGUCAAAAAUGUAG